GAGGCCGGGCUGAGCCCGGACAGCUUCACGGUGAUGCACCUGGACCUCGCGUCAAACAAGAGCGUCCGCCUCUUCGUCGACGCCUUCCGCGCCCUGGGCCGCCCGUUGGACGUGCUCGUCUGUAACGCUGCCGUGUACUUCCCCAACGCGGACAAGCAGGCCGCCAUCCUGCCGGGCCUGUGGUCUGGCGGGGGCCCGCGGUGGUCCGCCGACGGCUUCGAGCUAAGCUUCGCCGCCAACUACCUGGGCCACUUCCUGCUGGCCAAUCUGCUUCUCCCAGACCUCCAGGCGGGCUCCUCGGGGCCGGGGCGCUGCGUCAUCCUUGGCACCGUCACGGCGAGCGUCAACGAGAAGGACGUGGGCGGGAUGAUCCCGCCGCUCGCCGACUUGGGCGACUUCGCGGGCUUGGAGCAGGGCAUGAAGAAGCCAAUAACCAUGGUGGACGGUGGCAAGUUCAUCGGCGCGAAGGCGUACAAGGACAGCAAGGUCUGCUGCGUCAUGCUGUGCCGAGAGCUUCACCGGCGCUUCCACGAGUCCACGGGGGUCGUCUUCACGUCUUUGUACCCGGGGUGCAUCACCGACACCGGCUUGUUCCGCGAGCACUACCCGGCGUUCCGGCUGUUCUGGCCUCUGCUGAUGAAGAAGGUCGUGAGGUCCUACGUCAGCAACGAGGAGGCGGGGCUGCGCCUGGCCAAGUGCGUCGCGGACCCGCUCUACAACACCUCCGGCUCCUACUACAGCUGGGGAGGGGAGGCGGGCACGGGCGGCUCCGGCGGCACCGACGCGGCGGACAAUUUGGACAGGUCGUCGGACGUGUUCCUGCAGGAGGGCAGCUUCCGCACUCUCCGGUACGGCGACGUACGCGGGCAGGCCGGCAACGAGGGGAAGGCCAAGAAGCUGUGGGAGCUGAGCGCGCGGGCGGUCGGCCUGGCGUGACUGCCGGCGCCACGGGCCCGGGGAUGCCGGCGCCCGCAGCGCGCGCGCGCGCAGCUGCGGAUCCCUCGCCGCGCUGGCGCCUCGCCCUCUGGAACGACUCCUCGGAUGCCUCCGAGCCCCUCGAGGGAGCCCCACGACCUCCUCGGAAGGCCUCCGCCUGGGCCCCAUCCCCCCUUCUGCGCCCCACCAUCAGCUCCGGUCGCGCCCGAAGCCGCGCGAGAGCGCGCCCCCCUGUCCUCGUGACAGUUGACAUUCAGUCAAGAUCUCUUUUCAAGUGUACGAUGUGUAUCGUAUCUCGGCCGAGUGAGGCCAGUUCCUGUCAGAGCUCCAUCUGGCAAUGUUUCAUAAACGUCGUCUCACUCUUGCGAUAUUUUUCAAGAAGUCGUUGCCUCAGGGCGCGCGCUGAGCACGUAGUCUUUUUUAAACUGGCCGGCUGUGGGCGAGCUUCGCUUGUCUAGAGCACAGGUCGCACACGGAUGCGCCAUUCUCAUUUGGCAGGAAUGGAGCCGCGGAAAA